AGACACUUUGUUUAUAGCUGGUGCUGAAAACGCUCUACGCACUCGGCAAUAGUCGCAACUGUCUGCUCCGGGCCACUGUCCCUGGAGCUAUUGUCAGCUGAUAAUUGGCGGUUAUCCAGGAGCCGAUACAUGCCGAUGCGCCUUUCAAUGCUAUUACGGCAGUUCAGAUAACAUCUGAGCAUCGAUGCCAGUACAAAGAGCGCACGUACUUUCGCUGAACAGCCCAAUUGAAGACCACACGGGACUGCUACCAUGUGCCGAAACCUGGUGCUUCUGCCACAAUGUGCGCUCGGCCAGGCAUAAUUAGGCGGCAUGGCUAAUCCUACAUGUGAUCGGGGAUCACCAGUAAUCAGUGACGUACACUUUGAAGAUGCGUCUACGCAACCAGCUGCUACCAGCUGGACGCUCCAAUUUCGACCAGCAUUCUCGUCUCUGCGCUUUCGAAUUCAUUUUUUCAUACACCACGCCUGUUUCCCAAUAUACAGUAGAAUGCCUGCACUCGAGACUGCUGCGAAUCCGACCAAGGUCGAGGUGCACCCGCUGGUGCUGCUGUCAGUAGUAGAUCAUUACAAUCGCGUUGCGAAGAACACAAAGAAGCGGGUUGUUGGAGUGCUGCUCGGACAGGUCGAGGGCAACACGGUCAAUGUGGCCAACAGCUUUGCGGUUCCCUUUGAGGAGGACGAAAAGAACCCAUCAGUGUGGUUCCUGGACCACAACUACGUGGAGACGAUGCGCGACAUGUUCAAGAAGGUCAACGCAAAGGAGAAGCUGAUCGGGUGGUACCACAACGGGCCGAAGCUGCGGUCAUCGGACCUGCAGAUCAACGAGCUGUUCAAGCGGUACACAGCGAACCCUGUCCUGGUGGUGAUUGACGUGCAGCCCAAGGACAUUGGUAUUCCGACCAACGCAUACUUUGCGGUGGACGAGAUCCACGACGAUGGCACAGCGGCGACAAAGACGUUCGAGCAUGUGCCAUCCGAGAUUACAGCGGAAGAGGCCGAGGAGAUUGGUGUGGAGCACUUGCUGCGCGACAUCAAGGACAACGCAACGGGCACGCUUGCAACGCGCGUCACCCACCAGCUGACGUCACUGCGCGGACUGGCGGAGCGGCUCACAGAGGUGCGCGUGUAUCUGCAAAAGGUGCUGGACGACCAGCUACCGGUCAACGGCGAGAUCAUCCAGAACCUGCAGGACAUCUUUAACCUCCUGCCCAACCUGGCCAUUCCUGAGGAUGCGCCGGCGUUCACAGUGCAGACCAACGACGAGUAUGCACUCAUCUAUGUGUCGUCGAUGGCGCGCGCCAUCAUUGCGCUGCAUGACCUGAUCAACAACAAGAUCGAGAACCGGGAGGCCGAGAAGGCUAGCGAGGCCAAGGAGAAGGCCGAUGUCGAGCCAUCCGUGCCCAAGGCAGCUGCGGCCACGACCAAGUCUGCCUAGACGGCCUUUGAAUUCUACUAUGCAUGUCUUUUCUAUUAAAACGGUAUCUACUGGAGACAGUGACGGCGCCUAGUCCUUCUUGGCCUUCUUCGGCUUGCUACCCUUGUGCGCCUUGGCGCUCUUCUUGGGCGCUGCAUCGGCGUCCUUCUUGGGCAGAUCCGAUCUGUACUCGUCGAAGCCAACAAUGCCUGG